UGAACAUGUACAACCCGUUAACUCCAAGACCGUGUCUCUUCACCAUCAAUUCAUUGAUGACGGAAGUCACAUCGGAGUCUUUCCUUACAGCCACGGACCAGCAGCCAGCUCUGCCGCCAAUGGAUUGUACACCAGGCAUCUCCUCCCGCACUUCUACGGGCGACUGUUGCUACGACUGGCUCACCUUACAGUCUUCCCUUGCCAACUACAGCUCUGUCUCUCCGGUCAAAGAUAUGGAAGCGUUCCUUCUAAGCACCAGUAUCGAAAGACCGAGUCUGGCCGAGACCUACGGUGUAUCCACGGUUGACACGUACGGCGUUCGGAACAAUAAAGAACCCGAGAGGCGUACGCGAUCUCCCGUUCGUUUUGACGCUGAGGCUUCACGUAAUCCAAACAAGCUUAUACAUCCAAAACUGGUGAACGUCGACUGUGAAUUACAAAUGAAGUCCCUUUGGGAAGAAUUCAACCAGCUACAGACUGAAAUGAUUGUGACUAAGGCAGGAAGGAGGAUGUUCCCUUCGUUUCAAGUGAAAUUGCACGGUAUGGACCCUCUAGCGGAGUAUAUGAUGAUGAUGGAUUUUGUACCUGUAGACGAUAAACGAUACAGGUAUUCUUUUCAAAGUUCUACGUGGGUGGUGUCUGGUAAAGCAGAUCCGGUCAUGCCUCCCCGGAUUCACGUUCAUCCGGACUCUCCUGCUAAAGGCAGCCAAUGGAUGAAACAGUUAGUUUCUUUUGACAGACUGAAACUGACCAAUAACCAAAUGGAUAACAAUGGCCACAUCAUCUUGAAUUCCAUGCAUCGCUAUCAACCGAGGUUUCAUGUUUUGUAUCGAAACCUUAAAAAUGAAGAUCCGAGUCGGACACAAAACUUCAAAACGUUUAUAUUCCCAGAGACAAAAUUCAUAGCAGUAACAGCUUAUCAAAACCACAGGAUAACCCAACUGAAAAUAGCUAGCAAUCCGUUCGCAAAGGGAUUCCGAGAAGGAGACGAUCAAAAGUUGGUCCGCUACAUCUGCACUUUCAGACAUACUCUCGAGACUCCCGCCAACACAGAAAUCGCGGAAUCCACAAAGACCAAGCUCUAUUCAUCUUUUGAGUCUUUCUCAGGAUUCAUCAGUGACCAAAGCGGAAAAAGAAGAAUCAAAAGAUGACAUGGCAACAGGAGGAAACCUUCUUUCUCGAGUGAUUGGCUCCAGUCUGCAGCUAACUGGAGGACUUCCACAGCUACCCCACGGUGACCAAGAUGGAUUUCACGUGGGACAACAAUACACAGAAGAUACGUGCAACUACGGUCCUGUUUACGACAAUUUUAUGCAUCAAAUGAAGAGUAACACUUCACCGUAUUCUAGACCCACGAUGCACUAUCCUAGUUAUCAGAGUACUCCGAGAUAUAACGGGUUUUACACAACGAUGCCAGUGCAAGAAAAGUAUAACUUCUCCCGAAGAUGAUAUCAAAAGUUCGACAUUAUGACGUUGGAUAUGUGUAUAUAUCGGAUAAAAGGAGCUAGUGCACCAAAGUCACGUGCAUAACAGAUGUGCACGAACUCGAAAACAACAACAACAACAACAUAUAUUGUAACCUAAUGGAUUAUGAAGUAAAUACCUAAGAAAGUUUACUAAAACGUUAGAAAAAUGAGACACGAUAUCAGUUUAUCAAGACGUUCAAAUGUACGAGAUGAAUAAGCGGAUACCUUGACUUAACAUUUUAAAACACGUUACUAAUGUGCAAAAAAAAAACAACCUUUCAAAGUUUGGUAUGAACUGCGGUCUUGACGUUCGGACUAAUGACCUCAGCGGUUACUUGUUUAGUAAGGUAGUUAGAAGUCCAAAUACAACUGUAAAAACUUCUUUGUAUUACUGAAUAUUUUUAUGUCAGUUCACUUUAAGCCCGUACAAAUCUCAAAUAAUUUCUUACGAGGAAAUUAAGAACCAACUACUAGGAACACCAUGCAGUGAAAUCUGAAACUAAACGUCACGAUGAGAUGACUACAAGUUGCGAAAUUACCCCUCCCUCCCCCUCUCCUUCCAAAUCACGGCCUGUUUACUUCUAUCAAUUAUGUUUGUUAUUAAUCAAUGUGUUCAAGUUGCGAAAUUACCCCUCCCUCCCCCUUCCUUCCAAACCACGGCCUGUUUACUUCUAGCAAUUAUGUUUGUUAUUAAUCAAUGUGUUCAAGUUGCGAAAUUACCCCUCUCUCCUUCCAAAUCACGGCCUGUUUACUUUUAGCAAUUAUGUUUGUUAUUAAUCAAUGUGUUCAAGUUGCGAAAUUACCCCUCUCCUUCCAAACCACGGCCUGUUUACUUCUAUCAAUUAUGUUUGUUAUUAAUCAAUGUGUUCAAGUUGCGAAAUUACCCCUUCUCCUUCCAAACCACGGCCUGUUUACUUCUAUCAAUUAUGUUUGUUAUUAAUCAAUGUGUUCAAGUUGCGAAAUUACCCCUCCCUCCCUCCCCCUCUCCAUCCAAACCAUGGCCUAUUUAUGUUUGUUAUUAAUCAAGUUGGCAAAAGAUGAUGUUACCCCGG